AUGCUUCGUACCAGUGACUUCGACCAAACAUAUGACUGGUCGCGACCUACCUCUGCCCCUGAAUACGACACUACUACAUGUUUAGAGGGUGAGUCUGGUAGCCAACAAAUUCUCGCUCAGCAGACAACAGCGGAACCAGAUGCACAUAUUCUCCCCGUUACAAAAUUGGUUGGCAAUCAUGAUGACGAUAACGAUGACGCAUCCUUCAUUUCGUACUCGUCUCAGUGCAACGAUAAAAUCACAUUUAUUACAAGCAUUGUCAAACACGAAAUCAACACUACUACUUGUACCGUCGAACUGAACACCAUGUGGUCCAACGGCAAGUGUAGCUGGGCCUCAGAGCUCGAUGUUCAGAAGUCAAUGCCAGACAUUGUCUACCGGUACUAG